AUGGCUAAACGUACCAAGAAGGUCGGUAUCGAUGAUAAAUACGGGACCCAUUAUGGCGCCCCCCUCAGGAAAAUGGUGAAGAAAAUUGAAAUGAGCCAGCACUCCAAGUACACUUGCUCCUUUUGUGGCAAAACCAAGAGGAAGAGAAGAGCUAUGGGGAUCUGGCACU